AUGGCUUCUCUCAUCACCUUCCUUAAGCGAACCUCUUCUUCGUCAUCAUCAUCAUUUGCAGUUGCAUGCCACCAUUCUAUCAUCAUGAGAAGAUUCCUAACAACAACAACAGCAACCAGUGUUGAUUCUUCAUCUUUUGCUCAGAGAAUCAGAGAUUUGCCUAAAGAUCUUCCUGGUACCAAUAUCAAAAAACAUGUUUCUCAGUUAAUUGGGAGGACUCCAUUGGUUUACCUUAACAAAGUUACUGAGGGCUGUGGAGCAUAUAUUGCUGUAAAGCAAGAGAUGAUGCAACCUACUGCAAGCAUCAAAGACAGACCGGCACUUGCUAUGAUGGAAGAUGCUGAGAAAAAGAAUCUGAUAACUCCUGGAAAGACUGUUCUGAUAGAGCCAACAUCGGGCAACAUGGGGAUCAGUUUGGCAUUUAUGGCUGCCAUGAAGGGAUAUAAGAUGGUUUUGACUAUGCCUUCUUACACAAGCUUAGAAAGAAGGGUUUGUAUGAGAGCAUUUGGAGCUGAGUUGGUUCUCACUGAUCCAACUAAAGGAAUGGGUGGAACAGUUAAAAAGGCUUAUGAUCUUUUGGAAUCCACACCAGAUGCUUUCAUGCUGCAGCAAUUUUCCAAUCCAGCCAAUACUCAGGUGCAUUUUGAAACAACAGGUCCUGAGAUAUGGGAGGAUACAAACGGACAAGUGGACAUAUUUGUUAUGGGAAUAGGUAGCGGCGGCACAGUUUCCGGGGUCGGACAAUAUCUUAAAUCCCGAAACCCCAACGUUAAGAUAUAUGGAGUGGAGCCAUCUGAAAGUAACGUGCUCAAUGGUGGCAAACCAGGUCCUCAUCAUAUAACUGGAAAUGGUGUUGGAUUCAAACCAGACAUAUUGGACAUGGAUGUAAUGGAGAAAGUUCUUGAAGUUAGCAGUGAAGAUGCCGUUAACAUGGCUAGGACAUUGGCCGUGAAAGAAGGACUCAUGGUUGGCAUAUCGUCCGGAGCUAACACGGUUGCAGCACUUAGAUUGGCUAGUCUUCCUGAGAAUAAAGGAAAACUCAUUGUGACUGUUCAUCCAAGUUUCGGGGAACGAUACUUGUCAUCCGUCUUGUACCAGGACCUUAGGACAGAAGCUGAAAACAUGCAGCCCGUGUCCGUCGAUUAA